AUGCACAAGCCUGAGUCCAAGGUCGCUACAACGGGUAUGAACGUAGACGUCCCAAUCCUUAUUGCUGGUGCGGGCCCUGCAGGCCUGGUACUUGCGCUCGCCCUCAUACAGAACGGCGUGAAAGUUCGCAUCAUUGACAAGGAGCCUUUCUACCGCCCUGGCCAGCGCGGUAUGAGCAUACAACCUCGUACUCUGGAAAUCUUCAACUAUCUCGGUGUUGUGGACGACAUUCUUGCCAAGGCCAUCGACCCGCCGAGGCAGCGCCGUGUGUACAAGCUGCCCGGUGGCGUGGAGCCCCUGAAGACGAUCAAUAUAGUAGAAUAUGACGAACCGACUCCUUCGACGCCCAUUCCAAACGGUGUUCAUCUGGGUCAGGAAAACAGCGAAGCGAUCCUGCGAGCGCACCUCGCAAAGUACGACUGCUCUGUCGAACUGGGGACCGCAUUGCGUGACUUCGAGCAGCACACAGACCACGUCGUCGCACACAUCGUCAAGAAAGACGGUGAGAUUGAGAAGACGGAAACCGUCACUUGUCACUUCCUCGUCGGAACUGAUGGCGGCAGAGGAGUUACUCGAAAGAAGCUCGGCCUCACUUUCCAGGGAGAAACCCGCGCUCGACAUAACCUGGUGAGCGAAAUCGAGAUAUUUGGUUUGGACCGUGACUAUUGGCAUCUGUGGGGCAAUAUGUCUACAUUAUUCUGCAUGAUACUCCCGACGGAGAAUCCGAACUCGUUCUAUGUUGUGCUCAGUGGCCAGAUUGACCACGAGAGGCUCGCAUCGGGCAGGGAAGAAAUCUUGAAGACGAUUCGCGCCGCCACAGACAGGCAGGACCUGCAGUUUGGACAGCUCCAGUGGAUGGCAGACGCUCGCGCGAAUAUCCGUAUGGCGAACAAGUUCCAGGAAGGUCGGGGGUUCAUUGCCGGAGACGCAGCUCAUGUGCACAGUCCGACCGGAGGCCAGGGGUUGAAUUCCAGCGUGCAAGACUCGUUCAACCUUGCCUGGAAACUCGCACUCGUCGAGAAGGGUUGGGCGUCCCCGGAUCUCCUCAAUACCUACACCGAAGAGCGCCUCCCGGUGAUCGCCGCCAUGUUGGAACAGAGCACUACGCUCCUGAAUGCGCUCGAGACCUCCACGCCUGACGACACCGACGACGCAGCGUGGAAGCGCGACAGGCAGCUCAAACAGCUCGGCGUCAACUAUCGCUGGAGCUCCAUUGUCGUGGACGGGCGUGCCCCGGAGAAGCCCAAGGAGCCCGCCAACGUCUACGGCGGUGAGACGGGCGGUGACCUGCGCGCGGGCGAUCGUGCUCCGGAUGCCCCGGGAUUGGUCUCCAUGUCUGGAGACAAGCAGGAGUCACUAUCCCUCUUCCGCAUCUUCCGUCCAGUGUAUCACACUGUGCUCCUCUUCACCUCCGACUCCAGUGCCAUGCAGCCCGUCCUCGAGGAGCUGAGGCGCUACCCUGCUGGCAGCCUGAAGACCGUAAUGGCUUAUCCUCGAGACACGGCCCAAGCCUCCCCAGAAGCCAGCGCUGACAUUACUGUUGUAGACAAGGAGGGUCACGCAUUCAGCGCGUAUGGCGUGUCUCCGGAUCGCCCCACAAUAGUCGCCAUUCGACCUGACGGCGUGGUCGGUGCGAUUGUGUUCGGAGUGGACGGGUUGAAGGCAUACUUGGAGGCCGUGUUUUCGGCGAUUUAG